AUGGGAAGGACGACAUGGUUCGACGUCGACGGGAUGAAGAGAGGAGAGUGGACGGCGGAGGAAGACCAGAAGCUCGUCGCUUACAUCAACGAGCAUGGCAUCUGUGAUUGGCGUUCUCUUCCCAUAAGAGCUGGUUUGCAUAGAUAUGGAAAGAGCUGCAGAUUAAGAUGGCUUAAUUAUCUAAGGCCUGGGAUUAAAAGAGGCAAAUUCACUCCUCAAGAAGAAGAAGACAUCAUCAACUUUCAUGCUGUUCUCGGAAACAGGUGGGCAGCCAUAGCGAAGCUGAUGCCGAAUCGAACAGACAAUGAUAUCAAGAACCAUUGGAACUCUUGUCUCAAGAAAAGACUUUCGAGAAAAGGAAUUGACCCGAUGACACACGAGCCCAUCAUCAAACACCUCACCAUCAAGACCACUGAUGAAGACUGUGGUAGCUCUUCCACGACAACGUCACCGUCGACGGGGAGCUCUCCUUCCUCAGCACCAGCUCGUCUCCUCAAUAAGCUCGCCGCAGGUAUCUCAUCUAGACAACACAGUCUCGAUAGGAUCAAGUACAUCUUGUCGAACCAAAUGAUCAUAAGCAGUGACCAAGUAGAAGAAGAAAGGGAUCAGUCAGAUAUGGAUCAGAAGAUUGCCGGUGGUGAAGAAGAUGAUGCUCAGAUUUGGACCGAGGAGGAGGUUAGGCGUUUAAUGGAGACUGAUGUAAUGGAGUACGAUGUGACGUCGUACGACUCAAUCAUGUACGAGAGUACUCACAUGCUUGAUCAUCUAUCUUUUGACUCAGUAUAAUGGGUGUAUGUGUUGUUAGCAACUUAAUUAGCAUAUGCUAAGUUAUGGUUUGUCGUUGCUACGAAGAAUAUUA